AUGUUGCUAACGCAGCAGUUGGCUCACCUGACCAAGCUAAUCCAGAUUAUUGUUAGCCAGUACUUUGCGCCUCUCUCCUCGCUCCUCAUCGUGCACAACAGCACGCAUGCAACAGAGCUGCAGGAGGCUUACCUAACGGCCUUGCAGCUCUCUCUCCGGAAUCUCAGCCAGCCCCGGCUGCUGCAGUGGAUCGACGUGGCCCAGCUGCCCCAUGACGAGUCUCAGCCGGAUGCCCUAGAAUGGCAAGUGCUGCGCGCUGUCAAUGCUAGCGUGACCGAGGGCUUCAUCACUCUGCUGCCGGACACAAGGCAUUUCCUGCACGCGCGUUACUUUGCCACACGCAAUGCCAAUGUCAGGCUCAAGGACAAGCUCUAUCUGUUUCUCUGCGAACUGGAAGAACCACGGGAUCUCUUGAGCAUGGAAAUUUUGCAGUUCUACCCGCACCAUCUGAUGGUGCGGCCCGCAGAGCAAGCAAAUAAAGGAUGCGGCGAGGCAGACGUAGGUGGAUUUGUUUCUGGAGCUAGAGCUAGAGCUAGAGCUGGAGCUGGAGCUGGAGCUGGAGCUGGAGAGGCCGCAGUUAGCUUGCCACACCCAUACCGCGACAUCAAUUUGGAGCUGUGGACACAGAAGUUUGUCGGUGGCAGUGGAAAUUUGGAUGCUAUAUUCUUGGACGCAUUCUUGCCGAACGAAACUUUUGCCAACCGAGCCGAACUUUAUCCCAACAAACUGCUCAAUCUGCAGCGGCGCGCGCUACGCCUCGGCUCCAUUACUUAUGUGCCAUACACAGUUACUAAUUAUGUGGCAGCUGGUGUCGGCAAUGAGGAUCCAAUUAACCCGCACAGAGCCAAUCGGACAAUUGCCUACGACGGCUCCGAGGCGAACAUAAUGCGCUCCUUCUGUGAGGUGCACAACUGUCAUCUGCGCAUCGAAGCCUAUGGCGCCGACAACUGGGGCAGCAUCUAUGACAACGAGAGUGCCGAUGGCAUGCUGGGCGACCUCUAUAAGCAGCGCGUAGAACUGGCCAUAGGCUGCAUCUACAAUUGGUACGAUGGCAUUACGGAGACCUCACAUGCCAUAGCUCGAUCGGCAGUGACCAUCCUUGGACCAGCUUCAGUACCCUUGCAGCCCUGGUGCACCGACAUUCUGCCCUUUAAUGGCGGCACCUGGUUCCUGCUGAUAUCCACGAUUGGCGUGUGCAGCCUGGUUCUGUAUGUUCUCCGAUACUCCAACUACAUUAUGAAGAGGCGUAAGGGAAAGGCUUCGUUCGUGCAUGGCGAAAAUGUGGAAAAGUCUCUGCUGGAUAUAUUUGCGCUCUUCAUACAGCAGCCAUCCGCGCCCCUGACCUUUGACCGCUUUGCCACCCGCUUUUUCCUAGCCACACUGCUGUGCGCAACGAUUACGCUGGAGAACAUUUACAGCGGGCAGUUGAAGUCGCUGCUGACGGUGCCGCUGUAUGCCGAUCCAGUGGACAGCAUUGAGAAGUGGGCGCAGGCGCAGUGGAAAUGGGCUGCGCCGUCCAUCAUCUGGGUGCACACAGUGGAGCAGUCGGACCUCCUAACGGAUCAGAUACUCGCGGAUAACUUCCAGGUGCGCGACUACACCUUCAUGUACAAUGCCAGCUUCAAGCCCAACUAUGGACUGGGCAUCGAGCGUCUGGCAUCCGGGGCAUUCAACUUUGGCAACUACGUGACGCGCGAGGCUGUGGAGAAUCGCAUUGUCAUGCACGACGAUCUCUACUUUGACUGGACGCGCGCUGUCUCCAUCAGGGGCUGGUCGCUGAUGCCACUGCUAAACCGUCACAUUCGCGCCUGCCAGGAGUCGGGUCUCUACGUGCACUGGGAGCUGGAGAAUGUUGACAAGUAUUUGGAUAAAAAAACGGGCCAGGUGCUGUUCAAUCAGGCCAUUGGCUAUGUGCCCAAGAAAGCGCCCAAAGCCCUGGAAGUAGACGACAUAUCCGCUGCCCUGUUCGUGCUGGCCUUUGGCCACGCCAUUGCCGGCUGUGCUCUGAUGCUGGAGCUGCUGCAUCAACGGCUGCUGCACAGGCGCAACUAAUUUGUGGUCUGCAGUUGGAGAUGGAACUGGAGUUGGAACUGGAUUUGGAGCUGUAGUCUAAACUGGUCACUGAUUGUUUGCCCAGCGGCUCACACGUGUCGUACACAUAUCAAACACCUGUACGCACACACACACACACAGACACACCUGCACACACCUUCGCACUAACAAGCAAAAAUGUGUUAGCCAGACUGUGGUACCAAUUCGGUCCUCCUCACCGCUCGAAGGACUACCCGUUGGCAGGCAGGAGUUUCGGUCCAGCCGGGACAGCGGAUUCGGUCUGCUCACAAAUCCACAGGCAGGCGUAAUCGGGUUGCUUAUGCUGUUUCAGUUCCGCACGUUUGCGGAUAUGCAAACUGAAAAUGACUUUUGCCAGUGCCUGGUAAUUGGAAAGCCGUUUAGAGCUACACACACACACACACACACACAGACAAACACACAUGUCUGGUCGUGUCGUGUGUUGGCAUGACAUCAACUUGGACCAAUUGCAGUGUAGCAAUUGCUCCUGGUAAUUAAGCACGUUUUAAUGAUGCACUUAAUUACCGUUGGGGAAAUUAUUCAUUAUCACUAAUUUGUAGCGGUUUUGAUCGCACUCGCCUGCCAGCUAGAUAGGCUGCAGGUGCCACCUGCAACUUGCCACCUGCCACCUGCCAUAUGGCAGCUGCGGCCUGCUGCCUGCUGCCUCCUUUGCAAUCAAAGUAAUUUUCAUAAGUCGACGGCUAAAGGAUGUCAGCGUCUCAUCAUUUUGCAUCCUUGCCUCGCUCGUUAGCGUUCCGUUUGAGCCAGGCCAAGCCAGUGGCUAGCAGAGUCUCGACUCACACAUACCCUGUAGCGAUUAGCUGUAAGUAGAUUCAAUUGCUGCUAAAUAUAUCGAGCUAUAUGUUUGUGGUCAGUGACUGCCUUACAGGGUAUUCCUGGACCAACAUGAACCUGAGCAUGGCGGCUGGGUCAUUUCCGUUUGUGACCCCAGCUUUUGCAUAUUUCCGUUUUGUGUUUGGAAUUUUUAAGUGAGUAACUCAACUGCGCUUAACUUUGCAAUCGUUGUUGUUGUUGCUGAUGUUGCUGUUGCUGCUGUUGCUGAUUUGCGUCUGCUAAUGCAGCUGUUUGUUUCCGUUUGUUAGCAUUUACUUGUUUGCUGUUUGUUGCUAUUGCUGGCGCUCUUGAUGUUGCUUGCUGUUUUGUGGCACGGCCAGGUUUUUGCAUCUGCGGCGACUGUGUUGCACAACUUGGCUUUUAUAUUUUUUGUACGACUUUUGAGUGUAGCAUUUGACAGUUUGGACAGCUUUUGCUGUUUUGCUCCAUCUGCCGUUUACUGACUGCAAACAAUAUGCUGUUUCUUUUGGCCACGGCCAGGCGGAGCAGGGGACGGCACGGCACGGUAUGGCUCGACACGGACCGACAGUCAAAGUGCCCGCUGAAGUGUCAACGAAAUUUGUGACCAAACUGCGAGAUUUGUGCAGCAUUGUGUGCUCGCAGGAGCGUAACUGCCAGAUAGGGGAACAAAGAAAGAAGGAGCCAGCGUAGUCCGUGGGCCGUGGUCCGUUCAGUUUGCAGUUAAUUAAAUCGCUGGCCAAGAAUGUUUCACGUGCAAUCAGCGCAACGGGCGCCGGCCCAGAUUUAUGACGUUGCCAACAGGCGAUAAUUGAGAUUACAUAAAGGAUGCCGCCGAAUGAAAUAAAUCUGUGCAAGGCGUUCUUGGCAACUGCCGCAAUUCACUUGCUGCCCUGCGGCACGUGCAACUGCAGCCAGACGCCAGCGGCUUUAAUAUAUGAGCUGCUCGCACACUCACUCUCUCUUUCGCUCACGAUUGGUCGGGUCUUGUGGCUUUAAUUGAAUUAGCUCAGGCAGUUCGAGCGGCCGACAAUUGGAAUAUCUUAUGCAUUUUUAAUGAUACUAUCAUGAAAGCCGUUAGGGCAGCUGAGCAAUGCCUCAGCUUUAUAUGCCUCUCACAUCGAUCCAAUUAGAUGUUGUUCCUUUGGCUGUCUUUGGCUGCUUUGGCUGUCUUUGGCUGCUUUGGCUGGCUUUGGCUGCUCUGGCUGCUGUCUCAGCCAGUGGGUUGCCUCCAACAACCUUUAGUCGCGACCAGGCUCAUUAUCAACGUCAAUGCCGGCUUCGUCGCGACAUAUUUUUCUUCUUUAACGCGCCUGCAAAUUUAUCGCUCAUAAUUAUUUCAUUUUACAGUCUGCUGAAGCUCUCAGGCAACGACCUACACGAGACGACGCGCCGUCAUCUUAAACAUUGCGCGGAUGCUGCUCAAGUCGAAGCACUUAAAAAAGCUAAGCAGGGAAUAACAAAAACAACAUCAAAAUCAUUCAAGACGUUUUAUGCAUUUCAUACACUUAACGCAAACAAAUGAACUGUCGUAAAGCCAGACUAAAAAUCUGAAUUUAUUAAAUAAAAAUAAUACAAAAUUUUAAAGGCGCAUAAAUGUAAACGUGGAAAAACUAUUUAUGCAUUCGCCUGAGCAAAUGCGGCACUUUAAUUAUAGUCUCUCUAAUGAUGAUAAGCUGUUGCACGGUUGAGUGGCUUAACGGCAAUAUAAAACUGUUGCACCUACUUAUUGCGCACAAAGAGAGUAGCUUGUGGCUUAGGGUAAUGCUGCUUAGAAGGUAUUACAGAAAUGCAUUGCAUUUGCCAAAAGCUUCUGACAUAGUUUUCAACUGUUCCCACGGCAGUUCACACAUUCCCCCUCACACGUAAAAUAAGAGUGUGUGAGUGUGUGUGUGGGUGUUAAAAACAACAAGUAUGCAGUUGCUACCAAUCAACACACAAAGCAUAAAAACACAGUGCUGCAGGUGGCUGGUGG